UCUAAAACAUACUUGGAUAAUGAAGUAUGAUUCUGACUAUGAUGACGUAAGCGGAGUGUUGGUUCUGCCCCCCUCCCCCAGGCUGGGUACGGAGAGGGGCGACGGGGCGUGGUGCCCGGCCAAGAAUGUGUUCCGGGACCCUGGGGAGUUCCUGCAGGUGGACCUGCGGCGCCUCUACUUCAUCACGCUGGCCGGCACGCAGGGGCGCCACUCCCACGGCCGCGGAAACGAGUACGCACGUCUCUACGGCCUAAAGUACAGCCGGGACGGGGAAAGCUGGAAAACCUGGCGCGACCGGCAGGGAAAGGAGGUCAUCACAGGGAACAUCAACCCAUAUGACGUGGUACUGAAGGACCUGGGGCCGCCGAUUGUCGCCCGUUUCGUGCGAUUCUACCCCCUGGCGGACAGAGUCAUGAGCGUGUGCAUGCGCGUGGAACUCUACGGCUGUCCCUGGGAUGACUCUCUGAAGUCGUACACGGUGACCCUGGGUCAAGUGAUGAACAUCACUGGUCUGCCUCCCAUCAACCUGAACGACUCCACCUACGACGGCGGCAAACUCGGCAGUCUGCAUUACGGAGGGCUCGGACAGCUGACGGACGGGGUGCUCGGCUUGGACGACUUUACCCAGAGCCACGAGCUACGUGUUUGGCCAGGCUAUGACUACGUGGGCUGGGCUGCCGCCACCCAGACCGAUGGCCACGUGCAGAUGGACUUCCACUUCGACAGCCUCUGCACCUUCGACUACAUGAAGGUCCACUGCAACAACAUGUUCAGCCGCGGGGUGAAGGCCUUCAGCCGGGCGGACUGCUUCUUCGGGACGGGCGAGACUGGCUCCUGGGACCCGGAGCCAGUCAGCACCGUGACGGUACUCGAUGACAAGAACCCCGGUGCCCGCUACGUCAAGGUGCUGCUGGGCCAGAGGGUGGCCGCCAGCCUCCGCUGCCACUUCUACUUCGCCGAUGCCUGGAUGCUCUUCAGCGAAGUCUCCUUCCAUCUGGGAUCUGACCCCACCACCCGGCUGCACACGGAUCUGAAGCCUCGUGCCAACCCACCUCCAGAAUGGGGGACCUUAAUCCCACCCACUGCCAGCCAUCGGGUGGACGGACUGACGCCCACCGUCAGUAACCUAGAUUUGGAUUUGUCCCCAGAGUCUGGCCGGCCGGUUGCCAAGGCCGCCCACAGCAACACGUCAAUGCUGAUUGGAUGUUUGGUGGCCAUUAUCCUUCUCCUCCUCAUUGUCAUCUUCAUCAUCUUGUGGCGCCAGUACUGGAAGAAGCUUCUCGGCAAGGCCCAGCGUCGGAUCUCGGACGGGGACCUGACCGUUCGCCUCUCGCUGCCCAGCGACACCAUCGUCAUCAACAACACGCAACCCAGCGGGGGGGCCAGCCGCCACUCCAACCUGUACGAGCGCAUCAGCUCGGGCGAGCUGGAGUACCAGGAGCCCAGCCGGCUGUGCAUGAAGCUGCCCGACCUGCCCACGGCUGCAGACAACCCAGCACUCCUGUUAAACAACCCAGCCUAUCACGUGUUACUUUCUCAGCAGAAUGGAGCCCAUGGCUGCUCCAAGGACCAGAUUAAGCCAAUCAACACUGAUGCAUGCAACGGGGAGUACGCGGAGCCCGACCUCACCAAGAUGGCGGCGGCGCAGGCGGGCUGCCCCAACAGCGUGCCCCACUACGCCGAGGCGGACAUCAUCAACCUCCAGGGGGUGACGGGGAACAACACCUACGCCGUGCCCGCCCUGGCCGUGGACGGGCCGGCCGGCAAGGACGUGACUGUCGGCGAGUUCCCCCGGCAACGCCUGGUCUUCCGUGAGAAGCUGGGGGAGGGGCAGUUCGGGGAGGUUCACCUCUGUGAAGUGGACAACCCUCAGGAGCUGGAGGGCCUGGGUUUCCCCCUCAACAUCCGGAAAGGCCGCCCCCUGAUGGUGGCCGUGAAAAUGCUGCGCUCAGAUGCCACCAAAAACGCCAGGAACGACUUCCUGAAGGAGGUGAAGGUCAUGUCCCGGCUGAACGACCCCGACAUCAUCCGCCUGCUGGGGGUGUGUGUCAGGGACGACCCGCUCUGCAUGAUCACGGAGUACAUGGAGAAUGGCGACCUCAACCAGUUCCUCGGCCACCACGAACUGGGAGACAAGUUUGCAACGGCCACCAACGUCCCGUGUAUCAGCUACCCCAGCCUGGUGCACAUGGCCAGCCAGAUCGCCUCAGGCAUGAAGUACCUGGCCUCCAUGAACUUUGUUCACCGUGACCUGGCCACCCGCAACUGCCUGGUGGGGGAGAACUACGCCAUCAAGAUUGCCGACUUCGGGAUGAGCCGCAACCUGUACGCUGGCGACUACUACCGCAUCCAGGGGCGUGCCGUGCUUCCCAUCCGCUGGAUGGCCUGGGAGAGCAUCCUGCUGGGCAAGUUCACCACGGGGAGUGACGUGUGGGCGUUUGGCGUGACACUGUGGGAGGUGCUGGUCCUGUGCAAGGAGCAGCCAUACCACCAGCUGACUGACGAGCUGGUGAUCGAGAAUGCAGGCGAGUUCUUCAGGGUGCAGGGCAAGCAGGUGUACCUGCCGCGACCACCCAUCUGCCCGCAGGCCCUGUACGACGUGAUGGUACGCUGCUGGAGGCGAGACUCCAAGGACCGCCCGACCUUCCAGCAGGUCCACCAGUUCCUGACGGAGGACGCCAUGAACAUGGUGUAGUGAGGACGAUGCGCCGGUCGGCACAGCCCGCCGCAACCGCCAGGCCCGGCGACGGGGGCGCAGACGGAUGUGCCGCCGUUUCCGUAGCAGCUUCACAUUAGAGCCCGGGUGUUCGUAGGUUUACUUUUCUUUCGCCUUGCAGUAGCCGCUGGAUCGCUGACCAGUCUCUCUCUACUUGGUGGGGGGGAAGGGGCACCCCAACGCUGGGACUUCCACCCCCCCCCCCCCCCCCCUCAUCCCGCCUCAUCCCGCCCAACCUUCAGGUGGAACCCAGGAGCCAGCUUCAUCCCUGGAAAAAAGAAGCAAGGUUCGGAUCGGGAUGCUGCAAAUCCCGGCCUCUAUCUCCUUGUAGCGGAAGACACUGGAAUGUGAAACUUUUUUUAGCUGGGAGGGUUCGGGAUGUCCUCUCGUAUCUCUCUCUCCUGCUUCAUCUCAGCUUCAGGAGGGACGGAGAGGGAGGGGACGCAUGUUGGCUCCGCCCAGGACUAUCGCUGUGCACUACUGUAAUUUCACAAUGUUUGUGUGACUACUGACACUCCAAUCAGCGGGGGGAAAUCAAGUGUGUGUGUGUCUGUACGCACGCAUCUGUGUGGGUGUGUAUGUAUGUGUGCGUGUUAGUGUGCGUACCUGUGCGUGUGUCUAUAUAUGUGUGUGUAUGUACGUGUGUGCACGCGUGUGUGUGUGUACGUGUGUGACUGUGUCAUGAGAAUUUACGGUAGAGACCCAGGUUCGAUCCUGACUACGGGCGCUGUCUGUACGGAGUUUGCACGUUCUCCCCUUGACCGCGUGGGUUUUCUCCGACAUCUUCAGUCUCACACACUCCAAAGACGUGCAGGUUUGUAGGUUAAUUGGCUUGGUGUGCGUGUGUGUGUGUGUGUCUGUAAAUGAGUGUACAUGUGUGUAUAUUUGUGUGAGUAUAAAUGGAAAAGCGUUUGCAUGCCUGUGAAUGUGUGCACAAGUGUAUAUGGUGCAUAUGAUUGGGUGUGUAUUUGAAUGAGUACAGUUGUAUAUUUGCAUGUAUACAUGGAUGUGUGAAUACAUGCUUGAAAGUGUGUGAAUGUGUGCACACGUAUAUACUGUGCAUAUGUUUGUGUGUGUGUGUGUAAAUUAUUGUACAUGUGUAUAUUUGACAAUAGACAACAGGUGCAGGAGGAGGCCAUUCGGCCCUCCGAGCCAGCACCGCCAUUCAAUGUGAUCAUGGCUGAUCAUCCCCAAUCAGUACCCCGUUCUUGCCUUCUCCCCAUAUCCUCUGACUCCGCUAUCUUUAAGAGCCCUAUCUAGUUCUCUCUUGAAAGCAUCCAGAGAAUCGGCCUCCACCGCCCUCUGAGGCAGAAAAUUCCACAGACUCACAACUCUCUGUGAGAAAAAUUGUUUCCUCGUCUCCGUUCUAAAUGGCUUACCCCUUAUUCUUAAACUGUGUGGCCCCUGGUUCUGGACUCCCCCAACCUCGGGAACAUGUUUCCUGCCUCUAGCGUGUCCAAACCCUGAAUAAUCUUAUAUAUUUUUCAAUAAGGUACCCUCUCAUCCUUCUAAAUUCCACAGAGUGUACAAGCCCAGCUGCUCCAUUCUCUCAGCAUAUGACAGUCCCGGGAAUUAACCUGGUGAACCUACACUGCACUCCCUCAAUAGCAAGAAUGUCCUUCCUCAACUAUGGCUGAUCUAUCUCUCCCUCCUAACCCCAUUCUCCUGCCCUCUCCAAAUAACCUCAGACACCCGCACUAAUCAAGAACUGUACUGUCAUGGGCUAUGGGGCGAAGGCAAGGGAAUGUGGUUUAGGGGGGAAAGAUAGAUUGAAUGGUAUGUAUGCAGGUGUAACUGAGUGUGCAUGGGUGUGUGUGUGUGUGUGUGUGUGCAGGUGUGUAAAUGCGUGCGCGUGAUUAUAUAGUGCGUGUGCAUGCGUGGGUUCUAGCGAGCAGGAGCAUUGCAGCUCCGUUCACGAGAAGUAAACUGUGGCCGUUCAUUCCAGCUCCCACUAGGAUGUAAGCCCAGUAUAACUCGAAUCCACUGGGCAGCCACAGUGGCGCAGCGGUAGAGUUACUACCUUACAGCGCCUGAGACCCGGGUUCGAUCCCGACUAUGGAUGCUGUCUGCGCGGAGUUUGCACGUUCUCCCUGAGAUCUGCGUGGACUUUCUCCGAGAUCUUCGGCGGUUUCCUCCCACGCUCCAAAGGCGUACAGGUUUGCAGGUUAAUUGGCUUGGUGUAAAUGUAAAAUUGUCCCCAGUGUGUGUGUGUGUGUGGGUGGGAUAGCGUUAGUGUGCAUGGAUCGCUGGUCGGUGCGGACUCGGUGGGUCGAAGGGGCUUGUUUCCGCACUGUAUCUGAACUGGGAAAAAAAACCCCGAAACUAAACGCCGAGCUACCGGGAUUGCGGGAUGAACUUCCAAAGGGACGGGGAACCCGUGCAGCGUGGAAUUAAUUCCCUGUCUCGAACACCACUGGACAAGCUACAAGCUAACUCCCAUCAGCCAGCCCCAUCUGCAAACGAGGAGGUGUCACCUCAGCCACUAUUGUAUCUGUAGCGAGAUUUACAGUGGUUUGGACAACAAACCUCCAAAAUGGUUCCUUGCGACCUAACGAAAGGACUACUGCCGGAUACGGUUUGGAUCAUUUUCCAUUGAUUGAACGUAAAUGGGAUCGGGGAGCUUGCCUGCUGUUUUUUCCACAGUGGGAAGACUUUGUGUCUGGUGAACUGGGCUGACGUCCUUCCAUCCGGAAGACUUGGACGCCUGAGUGCUUGCCUUCCAUCAGAUGACCCACCCACCACCAACACACCAUUGAGCGCGGGGCUUGGCAGCAUCGGAGAUGAUCUAACUACUGAAUGUGUGCACCUGACUACUAUAUGAAGCAGGAGGUGGACAAAAAUGCUGGAGAAACUCAGCGGGUGAGGCAGCAUCUACGGAGCGAAGGAAAUAUGGGGGGCAGGGAGGAGGGAGAAAGCAGGGACUACCUAAACAAUUGGACAUUGUCUUCUCCAAUUGCAGGUAGUCCCUGCUUUCUCCUUCCUUCCCAGCUCUCCCACAGCCCACUGUCUCUGCCUCAUCCUUUCUUCUUCCCCCCACCCACUCCGCAUCAGUCUGAAGAGGGGUCUCGACCCGAAACGUCACCUAUUCCUUCUCUCCAUAGAUGCUGCCUCACCCGCUGAGUUUCUCCAGCAUUUUUGUGUCUACCUUCGAUUUUUCCAGCAUCUGCAGUUCCUUCUUGAACAUUGGGUAAUAGUUGCAUCCUUUGGUGCUUGGGAUAUUGGUUUUAAUCUGUGUACACUGGUCACCUCCAUACUGGUGUCAGAAAUAUAAUGUAACCUCUAAAGCUUCAACGUGAAAGACGUCUGGAGCCUUCAACGAAUCCUUCUUGUUUAGUUCAUUGUCACGUGUACCGAGGUGCAGUGAAAAGCUUUUGUUGCGUGCCAACCAGUCAGCGGAAAGACAACACAUGAUUACAAUCGAGCCAUUUACACUGUAUACAUACAUGAUAAAGGAAGGAACAUUUAGUGCAAGGUAAAGCCAGCAAAGUCCGAUCAAGGAUAGUCUGAGGGUUACCAAUGAGGUAAAUGGCAAUUGCCUCAUAUAAGAUUAUUAAGGGUUUGGACACGCUAGAGGCAGGAAACAUGUUCCCAAUGUUGGGGGAGUCCAGAACCAGGGGCCACACAGUUUAAGAAUAAGGGGUAAGCCAUUUAGAACGGAGACGAGGAAACACUUUUUCACACAAGAGAGUUGUGAGUCUGGAAUUCUCUGCCUCAGAGAGUCAGGUGGAGGCCGGUUCUCUGGAUACUUUCAAGAGAGAGCUAGAUAGGGCUCUUAAAGAUAGCGGAGUCACGGGGAUAUGGGGAGAAGGCAGGAACGGGGUACUGAUUGGGGAUGAUCAGCCAUGAUCACAUUGAAUGGCGGUGCUGGCUCGAAGGGCCAAAUGGCCUCCUCCUGCACCCAUUGUCUAUUGUUUAAUUCAGGUUGUGGUCGGGUGGUUCAAUUGCCUGAUACAAAGUCAAAAGGCAAAGUCACUUUUAUUCGUCCCAUGCACCCGAAGGUGCAGUGAUAUGAAUUUGCCAGCAGCGAUACACUUAAAAAGAACACACAAUACGCAAUAGAACUUAACACAAACAUCCACCUUCUUCACUGUGGUGGAAGGCAACAAAGUUCAGUCAGUCCUCCUCCUUUGUUCACCCAUGGUCGGGGCCAAAGACCCUCCGUAGUCACCGCUACUGAUCCCUCAGUAGUAGUAGGCCCCCCUCGGUCAUGACUGACCAUAGGUGAUGCAUCCCAGUUUGCAGGUGAUGUGUGGUGGGAUGCAAGCCUGGGCGAUCGAUGUCAUAUGGAGGACAGGCUGUUGCCCAUGCAGAACGUCCCCCCUCUCCACGUCGCUGAUCGAUCUAAAGGGCCGUUACCAUUGGCACCAGCGCUGCCGCAGGAGCUGCCAGAGCGAGGUUGUAGACAACGACAAACUACCUUAGGGGCUCCGACUCCGGAUUCUCUUGAGGUUUACUCCAGGAGCCUUUUCCAUGACUGGAUAUGGCCACAAGGCAGUGGAGGUUUUAAAUCUCCUAGAUGGACUGCCUUCCCAGGCUGACGAGCCCCGUCUGCCCGAACGGCACCUCAGUACACGUGACAAUAAACUAAAGAACAAAAUGAAACCUACUGCUGAACAAACAGGAACCUUAACCAUCCUGCCUGUAAAACCAGGCAUCUGGUGGCCAUUUUCGUUCUUCAACCAUUAAACGUACAGCGAGGACUGAGCUCGGUAAAGAUUAUAGGUGAUAAGGAUUAUGGUGUAUAGUUUGAAUGAUAUCGAGUACAAUGAGAUGUUAAUGGUCUUUUUCUUUUUAUGUCAUGCUAGAAUCAAAUUGUUCUGAAUUCUGUGGGGGGUGUGUAAAUAUUUUACAAAGAGAUUUUUACACUAAUAUAUAUUAAAUUACUUUUGACGCAUCUCUGUAGAACUUGUUCCCGCUUGCAUUGGUGUAGAUGUCUGUAAUAAAGUCUCAUUUGAGUGCUU